GUCGAGAAAGAGAGGAGGAAAAGAAAGAGAGAAUAUUGAGACAGAUAUGAGGUCUUCUUUGAUUUUGCAAGUUACCUUACUCCUGACGAUAGCGGCCACGUCUAUCGUCCAGGCACGUACAAUCAAGUCAUCAGAACACACCUGCGGAAGUUUAGGUCCAGGCACCAAUGCAUGCAAAUGCAAUGAAAUAGUGGUGAAAGCAGCGAAGGUGCAAAAACCGCUGGUAUAUGCAUCACCGGAGGCAAUCAAUGAAGCUGCAUUAGUGCGCGAAGCAGCUGGAAGAUUGUCCUUAGGAUCCAAAAGCCAUUCUAAUGUAAUUUCCGGGUGCAGCCCUCAGAAUAGCGGAAUAAUUAGUACUAGCAGCAGCAGCAGUAGUAGUAGUAGCAACAGAUAUAGCACCAGUUCUUCAAGUGCCUCAUCUUCCGUCGGUCUUCUUGGAGGUCUGAUCGGUGGUUAUUCUCCUUUGAAUCCUAUCUUAAACGGUGCGAGUUCCGGUUCCGGCUGCGGAUGUGGAAAGAAAUCCGAACCUCUGGAGACUAGCGAUCUUCUGUCCUCCAAUACUGAUAAACAAAUAGUACCCAGCUUCCCGCCGAUCGGUGACCUGUGUUACCCAAACAAACUUGAAAAUGGUAAACUCCAAGUGAUUACCAAAGUGACACCGGCAUAUCCUAGCAAGGUCAAAUGUACCCCUCCUACUUCUGAGAAGAUUUGCGUAGAUGUACACAAUGGACAGAUCGAUGAAGCUGAUUUGAAAAAACUCAGUUUGAGCGCGUCUAGCAGUGCCAGUGCGGCAUCCGGUAAAUUGCUCGGUCAAUUAAACGGCGCAAGUGCGUUUGCUAGCGCAAAUAGUCUCGGUAAAUAUACUCUCAGUAAUGCAGGCAGUACGGCUCAAUAUGGCAAUUUUGGAGGAUACGGUAGCUCAAGCAGCGCAGGAUACAGUAGCUUAAGUGGUCUUGGAGGAUACAGUAGCUCAGGCAGCGCAGGAUACAGUAGCUUAGGUGGUCUUGGAGGAUACAGUAGCUCAGGCAGCGCAGGAUACAGUAGCUUAGGUGGUCUUGGAGGAUACAGUAGCUCAGGCAGCGCAGGAUACAGUAGCUUAGGUGGUCUUGGAGGAUACAGUAGUUCAAAUAGUGUAGGAUAUGGUAGCUCUGGCAAAGUUGGAGGAUACGGUUCGGCUGGAUACAGUGCGUACGGAUCAGGAUAUGCAGGAUAUGGUGGAUAUGCAGGAUAUGCAGGUUCCUCGGCAGGCACCACGGUACAAUUAAAUCCCACAAUCAGCAGUUACGGGACGUAUAAAAACAAAUUUGGAUCAUUGAAUGGCGUUGAAGUUACUCGAGGAUCGGCUGAAAGCUACAGAUCUAACUGCGACGACUUUAGUGAUUACGCGGAACUUCCCGAAGACUAUUCGUACCCUCAACUACCUGCUGAUCCGGUUUCGCUUAGCUUGGCAUACAGAAAUAUCUUCCCGCGUAUCGUAGCACAAAAAAAACUAUUCGUGCCGGAAGAUAAGCUGGCAUUCGGUCAUAGAACAAUACCAACUGAAACCGUGUCCAACAAGAAAAGAUUAGAUGUACCUGAGGAGAAACUUCAAAUUCUCGAUAAACCCGUCGUAGAACUAAAACCGAUAGCAGUAGCUCCCGUUAUCGUCACUACUUAUGACGAACAUGAAGAAGCUAAAUUAGCCGAGCUCGAAGCUAUCGAACGUGAAAGAAUACAUCAGGAGGAAAUUGCCGAGCAGCAGCAACAGCAAGGAAACUUUAUUACAUACGGCGACCUAGGAUAUGCGCCAAUCUACGGAGCCCUAUCAAAGAAGUUGUCCAGUUCCCAAUUAACGAAUUCUAUCAACACGCUCGGUGCUGAAGAUAAUGCUGAAGGUUGCGCUCCGGUAGGACCACCAGCUCUCGAUUACGUUCCCGGUAGCAUCGUAAUCAAUCGAGAGGUCGUAAAAACUCAAGGCGAACUAGAGGAUGACAUCCAGAAAGACGUCGAGAAAGUGUACGUUCGUCAUUACGAGGAUGACGAACGCAGCUUUGAAGAUGACGAUGCCGAGGACUCGACGUCCGGGAUAUUUGCCAGGUUAAGAAGUUCUUCCAAGAAAUACGGUCUUCCGUGUGGGGUUGCAUGAUCUCUUAUAUCUAGAAAACAAGAAAUGUCAAAUUGUUUCAUUGACGAUUCGUGAUCAUCGAGAUGAAUCUUAUUUAAAACGCGAAAAGACGUGGACACCUCCAAAAAUAUUAUACUAGUCCUAGUCCUGAGUCUUUGUGAUGUCAUUAUGUUAAGAUAAUAUAGCGAUUAUACGAGAGAAGAGAGAACCAAAAA